AUUGAAUAAAAAAUUAAAACUAAAAAAAAAUAAAAAAAUAAAAUAAUAAAAUAUUUUUUACGUGAAGAAGUUAAAAAUUGAAAUGUCCGAAUUACUAUUUGUUGUUGUUCUUCUUCUCUCUACAUUUGCAGCAACUUCAAACGGCAACUGUCUGAGCUGGCGGCUAUCUGUGGAAACGAACAACCUCCGUAACUGGAAAUUAGUCCCAAAUGAAUGCGCAACGCAUGUUAAGGUAUACAUGGAAAGGGGCCAAUACCGCCAAGAUUGCGACAUAGUCGCCGAUACCGCCGUCGAGUUUGCUAAAACCGUUAAACUCGCCGGCGACGGCAAAGAAAUCUGGGUCUUCGACAUCGACGAAACCGCACUUUCCAACCUCCCGUUUUACGCCAGACCAGAUGUUGCAUAUGGGGCGAAAUCGUAUAACUGGACGGGUUUAGGGGAGUGGAUUAAGGAAGGAAAAGCACCAGCUAAUCCAUCAAUGCUGAAACUGUACAAGGAAUUAAUUGCAUUGAAAUACAAGAUUGUUUUCUUGACAGGUGCAAACGAAGAACGCUUUAUGAAACCAAGGAUUUCUAAUUUAAAGAAUGCUGGCUACACCACUUGGGAAAAGCUUAUAUUCAAGCCAGGGGCAGAAAAGGGAACUCCAACAAAAAUAUUCAAGUCGAAGAAAAGGAAAGAGCUCGAAACUGCAGGAUAUCGAAUUGUAGGAAAUGUAGGUGAUCAAUGGGGUGAUUUAGUUGGAGAUUAUGUCGGUAUGAGAACUUUCAAGCUUCCGAAUCCUAUGUACUAUGUCGCAUGAUAAAAAGUAGUUCUCGUUAUAAUAAAUUAUUAAUAAUACAUGGAAAAUAAAGAUUUUCGAGAUCAG